GAGUGGCUCAUUAAUCAUAAUUUUCAUUUAUAAAUCGUAAAUAAUUGGUCCAGUUUCAUUACUGAUAAGAAAUAGUAAACAAGAUAUUACUCGUAUUGACCUGAGUCUGAACUGUGGAAGGCUGUUGGAUUGCUCUAAAUUACUAAUCAGACAGCCAGUAUCUCAUCAUCAUUAACAUGAAUAAGUGAACCAAUUUAUUCGCGAUAAUUGAAGGACGAAUAAUUAUCAAUCGAAUCUAAUGGUGGUAUGUUGGUGACCUCUUCGAUCAAUGUCAAUGCCGCAACUGUAACCAUUACGGCCCUAUGGAACUGGAGGCUAAACCCGUAGCGGCUCAUCUUAUCACAAUCCUUCCACGUUCCUCAGUACAUUGCCUCGUCACUCCGUCCCUUGUCAUAUCGCACUCUAUGUUUGGCGAUAAACAAGUUUCCAUCAACGCACUGCUGCUACCGUAAGCAAAAGCGAAAGCCCACACAAAGAACGCGGAGAGGAUGGACUCGCAGCAGAACUUGGAAAACCAGGAAGGGGACCGCGUGCGGCAAAGGAGUCGACGGCGUUCAUUUCAGUACAGCUGAGCAGCUCGACGGGUUCGUACGCGAUAAGUGAUUUUAGCGGAGAAAAGUUAGUGUUUGCAAAGAAAGCCGUCUGUGGUGCUGAGUCUAGCAAGCCUCCUGGAGACAAAACAAAGAAAAAGUGUGAUUGCCCUGCAUUUAGUGAAGGGUACAUAGUGGAGAGCACAGCGCGUAAUUAUUCAGAGCUGUCGGUAUCGAAAACAUUCCUUUCUAUUGUAGUGUUGCGUGCGGUGCAUUAAUGCUGUUAGAUUAAAACUCCGAGCACGCUUGAAUGUUUGGAAGCGUACGCAAACGGUUAGUUGAACGAACAACUCAUAUCAGCAGAUGACGCAGUUGGAGAAGCAACUACGCCUGCCACUGCUUGUGGUAGGGUUGCUUGUACUCUCGAACCUGUUGAUCCCGCCCGUUUCGUCGUAUCGGAUUGGAGUGGGGCGAGCCGAUUGCACCGGACCACCAGUCGAGAUUGGAUUUAUGGGCUACGCCGAGUUCUCACAGCGAGGUCAUGGCAUCCACUUGCGACAAUUUUCAAGAGCUUUCAUCUUCGAGGAUGAACAGGGGGAACGAAUUGUGUUCGUUAGUGCGGAUGCCGGAAUGAUGGGACACGCCGUGAAACGAGAUGUGAUUGAUCUACUGCAGAAGAAGUAUGGAGAUCUGUAUCGGUUUGAAAAUGUAGUUCUUAGUGGAACGCACAGCCACAGUGUUCCUUCUGGGUUUUUGAUGUCAUUCCUUUAUGACAUUGCAUCGUUGGGGUUCGUUCCACAGAAUUUCAACGCCAUGGUCGAGGGAAUCGCACUUAGUAUUGUAAGAGCACAUGAAAACAUGCAGGAAGGACGCGUUUAUGUGGCGGAAACGGAGGUAGUCGAUGCCAACAUCAAUCGCAGUCCUAGCGCCUACGAAAAUAACCCCAAAGAAGAGCGCUUGCUAUAUAAAGAUUACACCGAUAAGAAACUAGUGCAACUGAAACUAGUAAAUAACGAGGGAAAGCCCUUGGGCGCAAUUAAUUGGUUCCCUGUUCAUCCAACCUCAAUGAAUAAAACGAACUGUUAUUUGUCCAGCGAUAAUGUUGGUUAUGCGUCAAUUCUACUCGAAAAGGAAAUGGACCCGGACAGCUUACCGGGGCAAGGUGAUUUUGUGGGAGCAAUGGCAGCGUCGAAUUUAGGUGACGUCUCACCAAACGUAAUGGGACCCAAGUGCGAGAAAACUGGACUUCCGUGUGAUUUACUAACAUCUUCCUGCCCUAGCGGAGCGGGUUCCUGUAUAGCGUCUGGUCCUGGAAGGGACAUGUUCGAUAGUACCAAACUGAUUGCCACGCGGAUUUACAAAGCAGCAUCGAAACUGCUGCGUUCCAAAAAAUCUCGUGAAAUUAAAGGUCCCAUUGCAUUCGCUCAUAAGUUCAUCGACAUGACAGCGGCAUCCGUACCCUACUAUAAUUCCACAACCGAACGCACCGAGGAAGUACACGGCUGCUAUCCAGCGAUGGGAUACAGCUUUGCGGCUGGGACCACUGACGGACCGGGAGCAUUCGAUUUCCGUCAGGCAAUGCUAACGGAUACUACCUUCUGGAAUACCGCCAGGGACUUGAUUGCGGUACCCACGGCGGAAGACAAAUCUUGCCAUGCUCCAAAGCCUAUCCUUGUUGCCAGUGGUCGUACGACAUUUUCGUACGAAACGCAACCGAAAAUUGUUCCAGCGCAGAUUUUACUGCUGGGAGAUUUCGUCAUAGCUGCUGUCCCAGCCGAGUUCACCACCAUGUCAGGAAGGCGUUUGAGAAAGACUAUUGAAGGAGCCUCUGUAGAAGCCGGUGGGAAAAAAGUUCAGGUGGUGGUGGCAGGAUUGUCAAACAUGUAUACGAGCUAUGUAGCAACCCCUGAGGAAUACGCUAUUCAGCGUUACGAGGGAGCAUCAACUUUGUACGGACCACAUACCCUAACGAUAUAUUUGCACAAUUUUAAGGAACUUAUGAAAAAAGUCGUCAACGGGGAAUCCGUAGAAGAGGGCCCAUCCCCUCCAUUUGAGGACUACAAACAGAUUACACUCUCAACGGGGGUUGUGUUCGACGGUCAUCCAUUCCGAAUGUACUUUGGAGAUGUGCAAGAGCAGCCCAACGAAACCUACGCUCGUGGAGAAACAGUGCGGGCAUCAUUUGUGGCGGGUAAUCCUCGGAACAAUUUGAUGCAUGAAAAGACAUAUUUUACAGUUGAAAGACAAGUGGCAGAUAAUCAGUGGAAAGUGAUAGCUACUGAUGCGAGUUGGGAAACCAAGUUCAAAUGGAUUCGGAAGUCAACGUUGUUUGCCUAUAGUGAUGUCGAGUUCGAAUGGGACACGGGACCAGAUACAGACGAAGGAAUUUAUAGGAUACAACAUUUCGGAUACUGGAGAUACAUUCUAGGCGGGACGUACCCUUACAAUGGUACUACUAGAAAUUUUAAUGUUUUAUAGAUAGGAUAUAGGAUUACAAAUAUGCGCUAUAAUUGUGAUAAAAGAAGCGGGAACAAGAACUAGUCAAAUUAAUAACAAAAAAUGCCUUGUUUAUGUUUAUGAUGACUGUCUUAAUUGAGGUUAAA